AUGAAGGGAAUACGGUCCAUGCCGGCGCAGAACGCCCAUGUUCUGGAGCAACUCUUCCAGACCCGUCCUGCCCUCCGCCGAGCAUUGCAGCAACUCCAACGACCCGGGCCGUCGCAACAGGUCUCUUCCUUCCGAACGGGCACGAGAGCAAGACAACAAAUAUCGCAGCAGCAACAGCGCGCAUUAACGACGCGAUCAUACAUCCAUUCGCAACGACAUUCUACCAAAACUCUCCGUUCUCAGAAGAGACCUUUGUCUUCUACAAAUCCAAUCUGGCAAGCGUUCCGCAGGCGCACCGGCACCGGCCGACGGACCUAUUCCUCCAACACCACCGGAGCAGGAACAGAAGAGAAACUAAGCCUCUCACAACGGCUGAAGAAACUGUCCCGCGAAUACGGCUGGUCCGCUCUAGGCGUAUAUCUCCUCCUCACGGCGCUCGAUUUCCCGUUCUGUUUCCUCGCCGUGCGUCUGCUGGGCACAGACCGCAUCGGACACUGGGAACAUGUCGCCGUGUCGUACAUCAAGGGCGUGCUGAAGUGGCCUGUCUCCAACCAACAGGCUGAGGAGGAGAUCAAGAGUGCCACGGAGGAGCUGCAGAGGGCGGAAAAGGUCGGUGUCGAACAGGGUGCGAGUAAGAGGAUCUUGGAGGAGGAGAGUCGUGAAGUGUCCAAGGAGGAGGAUGAGGAUGGUGUGAGUGAUCAUGGAUACAAGGAGGCGGAGAAGGCCAAUUCGGGUGCGAAUGCUAGUAUAUGGACCCAACUUGCCCUCGCUUACGCCAUUCACAAAUCCUUCAUUUUCGUGCGCGUCCCUCUCACAGCCGCCAUAACCCCCAAAGUGGUCAAGACAUUAAGAUCUUGGGGCUGGAAUAUCGGCAAGGUCCCGAAGACGGCUGGCAGCAGCAGCAGCAGCAGUUCCGUGGCUGCCAGUCAAUCCAGCAAGACGGGAGUCAACACCAAGGGAUCGGGAGUCAAGCCAGACGAUUGA